GAGAGAGAGAGAGAGAGGAAGAGGAAGAAAUCAGAAUGGCUGGAGGUGGAGGUGGAGGUAAGGAAGAAAACGCGAUGCAGUACCCUCCUACAUGGGUUGUUGCCGUCGUUUAUACUGUCAUUGUCGCCGUUUCAUUCGCCGUCGAAAGAUUUCUCCAUUACGGCGGAGAGUUCCUGAAGGAUAAGAAGAAGAUGCCACUCUUCGAAGCUCUUCAGAAAAUCAAAGAAGAGUUAAUGGUGUUGGGUUUUAUAUCCCUGCUUCUGACGGUUUCAGAAGACAGGAUCAUCAAAAUCUGCGUUUCGCCUGAUUUGAUCAACAAGAUGCUUCCUUGCUGGAUGAAAAGAGAUCAAUCAAAUACAUCUCACAUUUCUGGAACUGCUCGUCGUCUUCUUGCCGGAGGCUCAGCAUCUGAUGCUAAAGCGGGAUAUUGUGCCCUGAAGAAAAAGGUUCCAUUAAUAUCCCUUGAAGCCAUCCAUGACCUGCAUAUCUUUAUAUUUGUUCUAGCUAUAGUACAUGUGAUCUAUUGUGUUCUGACUGGUUUCUUUGGGAAACUGAAAAUACGACAAUGGAAGCCCUGGGAGGAUUCAAAUGCUACUACUAAAAAGAACAAUAAAACAGAGAAAGGGCUGAACAUGUCAUCAUGGCAAAAAGACUCUGUUCUGAUUGGUUGGUUGCUUUCUUUCUUCAAGCAAUUUUAUGACUCUGUGAACAAAUCGGAUUAUUUGACUUUAAGGAAAGGUUUUAUCAGGACUCAUGAUGCAAAUCCGAAUUUUGAUUUUCACAAAUAUAUGAUAGUGGCCAUGGAAGAUGAUUUUAAACAAGUUGUUGGUAUAAGUUGGUACCUUUGGAUCUACGUGGUUAUUUUUUUCUUACUUAAUGUUAAUGGCUGGUACACAUAUUUUUGGAUAGGGUUUAUUCCCUUUUUUCUUCUACUAGCUGUGGGCACUAAGUUGGAGCAUGUAAUAAUACAACUAACUGAUGACAUAGAAUCUUCCAAAUCAUCAGAUGAUCACUACUUUUGGUUUAAGCAACCUCGCUAUGUUCUCUUCUUGAUUCACUUCAUCCUUUUCCAGAACUCUUUUGAAAUAGCCUUCUUUUUCUGGAUAUGGCUUAAGGUUACUUAUACCAUUGACUCCUGCGUAAUGGGAAGAGUCAGUUACAUUAUCGUCAGGCUUGUCAUCGGGGUAUUCAUUCAGGUCCUUUGCAGCUACAGCACUCUACCUCUGUAUGCACUCGUUACACAGCAUAGGGGAGAUCAUUUCAAGAAGGAAAUAUUUGAUGAGCUUAAUGAGAAAGCGAGCGGACCGUGAUGGUCAUCAUCCUCCCCAAGAAAGGUCUCAUGCAUGAUGGUUCUUCAUCAGUAGGACUUGGAAUUGCUUCCAAAAUCUGAGACCUCAACGUGAGUCUGCCUAUCCAAAGUUACUCUAUUAUUGGGAUCCUGAAUUAUAUUGUUAAGUGCUUUCGUCUUCAGAUAUUGUACUUGAGUGCAUGAUGAGUUAGUUCAUGAAUGUAAUAUAUCGUCGCACGUUAGGAAUAAGGAAACUUUGAAACUAUAGAUUGUCAUGAAAAUUUAGGGAUCAAAGUUCUAUAGUUUACUUUGUAAAUGAUGUACUUUAGAUUGUGCUUCUACAAUGUAGAGCUAUAUAUAUAUAUAUAUAUAUAUAGUGUGUGCGCGCGCGCGUAUUUUAA